UUAAACGUGAAAAUAUCGGGUUCUGCAAUCAAAACAAUAGAAAUUGUGGAAGAAACUGUAGGGGUGUGUGCGUGCACGUUCGACACAGUCGCUCGCGGAGUCGUUCGCCGCGCUACGAGCGCGAGCGCGACCGCGUAGAAAGAUCCCGUUCCCACUCGGAGGACGAUGCGUAUGAAGCGGACCGUCGCCGGCAGGGCCACAAGAAGGGGCGCCGAGAGCGCCCGGAUAAUCGGCCGAACCGGUCGCACGGUGGCCACCGGAACCGGUCGGCCACCGAGCUCGUUCACACCGAAGUGAACCAGGUCGAUGAAUCGGACAGUUCGGACUGCGUAGAAGUUCCACUCGACGAGGAUGUUGCUCCACCGCCACCAUCGAUCAGUCGCCGUUCACCUAGUCCCCCGGUUCCGUCGCCACCGCCGCCGCCGCAGGUUCAAAAACGACGCCGCUCCCCUUCACCGCCACCGCCGCCGAAAACUUCAUCGUCGGGAAAAAAGAAAGCCAUUUCCCCCAUUCCGGAUGCCGGUGCCGGUGAUGUGCUGUCGGUCGCGGACUCGAACAAACUGCGUGCCAAGUUAGGGUUACGCCCAUUGGAUGUGCCGUCCAGUACCCGUGGACAUUCGGAUGCACCGAGAAAGCGUCAUCGAUCACCUACAUCACCGCCGCAACCAGCACCUCCACCACCGCCGACAGCAUCAUCAUCAUCGAGCCGGAAGCGAUCGAUGUCUCCGAUUCCGGAGGCCGGUGCGGGAGAUGUUCUUUCGAUCGAGGCCACGAACAAACUGCGGGCGAAGCUCGGAUUGCGUCCACUGGAUGUAACGCCUGCGAAACCGCAACAAGACUCCGGCUCUAAGGAUGACGGCGCAGGAGACGAUGGUAAACUGAAGGACGAUUGGGGCGAGUUUUACCAUAAGCCGGCCCGGAAUCUGGCGGAAAAGACGCAGGAAGAGAAGAUACGCGAGAAACUGAAGGAACGUCGGGAGAAGCGGGCGAUAGAAGAGAAACUGAAACGCCUGAAGACGCUCGGGGAUGACGAGGAAGUGGACGAUGUGCGCCAGUGGGUGUCAAAGACACGCGACAAAGACAAAUUACGCCGGGAGGCGGACGAGCGUGCCCGGUUGUUGGAUGCAUUGGACGAGGAACUCGCCACCGGUUUGGAGCGGGAAGAUCGUGAACCGAAGCGACGGGUAGCAGAGAGGCGCGGCGCGUACCGUGAUCGCGAUCUCGAGGGACUGCGAGUCGAGCACGAUGUGGAAGCGUUUACCGAAGGGCGGCAGGUCAUUCUUACGCUCAAGGAUGCGGACGUGCUGGAUGAGGGCGCGGGCGACACUCUCGUCAACGUGAACAUGGUGGACGACGAGAGGCACAAGCGGAAUGUGAAGAAUCGCAAAGCAAACCCGCUCCAUUACGGUUACGACGUGUACAGCCAGGAAGACGAUGAAGUGGACGAGUUCGGGUUGCCGAAGGAGCGCGAAGUUUUGGGGAAAUAUCGCGAGGAGAUCGACGGAGGUCCUCGCACCAGUAGCUUCGUGAUCGGUUCAAACGCCGAGGAAGAAGCACGCGAAAAGCGUCGCUUGUUGGAGAUCAAAUCGAAGCUUGACCGCAAAAAGCUCGACUCCCUUGCAAUGGCCCCGGCAGCACUCGUGUCCGAUUACUACACCGAAACUGAGCUGGCAUCGUUUAAGAAGCCGAAGAAAAAGGUACGCAAAAUACGACAGAAGCUUCGGGCGGACGAUAUCCUUGCAUCACUGCCUGAGGAGUCCGGAGGUGCACCCGACCACGGAUCACGCCACUCAAAACGCCACGGUGCAUCUGCGCAGAGCGAUCUUAGGCAAACGCUUCGCCAAAGAAGCGCAGCAAUUGCUGUGGCCGAUGUGCUGCUAACGGAUGACACGCCUGCCCUCGAGGAGGACCUCAGCUCGGUCAAGUUGGAAAGUACGGUCGAAGAUGAUGAAGAUUUGCAGGCCGUGCUGGAGAAGGCGCGACGUCUGCGCCAGAAGGAAGCACUCAUUUCGAAGGCCCUUCCGAUCGAUCCGGAGCGUAUCAAGAGCGAGGUGAAGGAAGAACCGGAGGACGGUGUCGGCGGACUGGAGAGUGAUCGGGUGCGCGACGGAACGAUGCUACUGAAUUCGACGGCCGAAUUCUGCCGCACGCUCGGAGACAUCCCUACCUACGGAACGGCCGGCAACCGCGAAGAAGAUCCGAACGAAAUGAUGGACUUCGAGCGCGACAGUGAUGGUCACGGGGGCGACUCGGAAGCAGAGGAUGUGGCGGGCAGUAGCCGACGGCCCGGCACGUGGAACUCGGUGAACACCGAGCAGGAGCAGGAGGAAGGCCCCGAAGGGGGCGUUAAGGUCGAAGAGGUAGCGAUUCUGGACGAGGAACCGGACGUAGCGUCCAGUGUGGCCGGUGCCCUGAAGCUGGCCCAAUCGAAAGGAUACCUCGAGCGCGAGGAAAGCAAUCGACCGAGCAAUGCUCGGUUUGCGCAUCUUCAGGCGCAAAACUAUUCGAUCGAGGACAAGAGUCACGCCGAGGAGAACGACAAGUACUCACGGCGCGAUCGCUACGCGGGCCCCAUCAUGGACUUCAAGGAGAAGGAUUCGUUCAAACCGAACGUGAAGCUCGAAUACAUCGACGACAACGGACACCUGCUGACCCCGAAGGAAGCGUUCCGGUAUCUGUCGCACAAGUUCCACGGCAAGGGCCCGGGCAAGAAUAAGGUUGAGAAGCGGUUGAAAAAGAGUGAACAGGAGGGGUUGAUGAAAAAGAUGAGUUCUACCGACACGCCACUCGGUACCCUAAAUAUGCUGCAAGCGAAGCAGAAGGAGACACAAUCACCAUACAUUGUGCUGAGCGGGACGAAGCAAAACACCAGCAUCAUCAAGCAGAAACGCUAGUGUCCUACCGAAGGUGAUCGUGUCGUUGCG